UCAGUUUUUCUCAUCAGUUAUCAGGAAGUGCCCUCUAUCUCUCUCUCUCUCUCUCUCUACUUUGCAUCUACUGUCACAUUCCCCCCGCUCACGACCUCCCCCGAUCUCCCCAAUCCGAAUCCCAAACCCUAAAAACUCUCCUCAUUCCUUCCUCCCCAUGCCAGAAACCCCAUCAAGAAUCCACCACCACCACCGCAAACCCGACCCCAACCGUUGGAUCGCAUUCCUACUCUCAUCCCACCAGACCCUGCUCACCGUCCUCUGGACCCUUGGCUUCGCCCUCAUCAUCCUAUGGCAACGCAGCGCCGUCGAUCGCCUCCUGCUCCUCCGCCGCUGGGCCCCGCCGCCGCGGCCCAUCCCGAGGCUCCGGACGGUGGCGUUCAACAUCAGCGACUUCGGCGCAGUGGGCGAUGGCGUGACGGUAAAUACGGAGGCGUUCGAGAGGGCGGUGUUGGAAAUUAGAAAGAGGGGUGGCGGUCAGCUUAAUGUUCUGCCUGGGUAUUGGCUUACGGCGCCGUUCAAUCUCACGAGCCACAUGACUCUGUUUUUGGCGGAGAAUGCUGCUAUACUUGGAAUCGAUGAUGAGAAGUAUUGGCCCCUGAUGCCUCCUUUGCCAUCAUAUGGGUAUGGAAGAGAGUGUCCUGGGCCUCGUUACGGGAGUCUUAUCCAUGGUCAAAAUCUCAAGGAUGUUGUUAUAACAGGGCAUAAUGGUUCCAUAAAUGGACAAGGCAAAACAUGGUGGGAGAAGUAUCGAAAGAAACUUCUUAAUCACACGAGGGGCCCCCUCGUGCAGAUCAUGUGGUCAAGUGACAUAGAGAUUUCCCACAUAACUUUGCGUGAUUCUCCUUUCUGGACACUCCAUCCUUAUGAUUGCAGUAAUGUCACCAUCAGAAAUGUAACCAUCCUGGCUCCAUUGUCCGAGGCGCCUAACACUGAUGGAAUAGAUCCUGAUUCAUGUGAGAAUGUGGUCAUAGAAGAUAGUUAUAUUAGUGUUGGCGAUGAUGGAAUUGCAAUAAAGAGCGGCUGGGAUCAGUAUGGAAUUGCUUAUGGUCGACCUUCUGCCAACAUUCUCAUUCGUAAUCUCGUUGUACGCUCUAUGGUAAGUGCGGGAGUAUCGAUUGGCAGUGAAAUGUCCGGUGGAGUCUCAAAUAUCACCAUGGAGAAUCUCCGUGUCUGGAAUUCAAGAAGGGCUGUCAGGAUUAAGACCAGUCCUGGUAGGGGUGGCUAUGUUCGUGAUAUAACCUAUAAGAACCUGACAUUAGAUAAUGUCAGGGUUGGGAUAGUAAUAAAAACGGACUACAACGAGCACCCGGAUGAAGGAUAUGACCCAAAAGCCCUUCCGAUCAUUGAGAACAUAAACUUCAUCGGAAUUCGUGGUCAAGGAGUUCGCAUCCCGGUCCGUAUCUAUGGUAGCCAAGAAAUUCCUGUGAGGAAUGUCACUUUUCGGGACAUGUCUGUUGGAAUAACAUACAAGAAGAAGCGUAUCUUCCAGUGUUCUUUUGUUCAAGGCCGGGUGAUUGGAAGCAUAUUUCCUUCUGCAUGUGAGAAUUUAGACCUUUACGAUGAACAAGGAAGGCUGGUCAAGCAAUCCACCUCGCACAACAUGACGGAUAUUGAUUAUGAAAUUUGAGAACAGAAAUCAUUUGUUCUUGAUGGAAGCUCCUGCGACAUUCAUGACUUUUACUCGCCUAUUGAGAGGACUGAUGGCUUCGUUCUACGGUAUUCAACGAUGUGGAGGUUUGAACAGGUGGAGGAGCAUUCAAACUUGAAUUAGGGCUGAGUAAAGACUACUUCGAAGAAAGAAUUUACGAGCAAGCGUCCUACAUAUACUCUCCUGGAGUUUUUCUUUUUUGCCCGAAGGGUAAAAAAUGGAAGAUGGGACAGGGAGGCAACUCCUGACCAAUAUCGGCAGAAAAUGAUGGUGAAUUUGAUCAAACCCACGAGUUCCUUUUGUCCCUUUUGCGUCGGCCCGCGUGUGCAGAGAGAGAGAGAGAGAGAGAGUACUUGUGAAUUUGAUCAGUACUUGUGAUUUUACAUGUUUUUCUCGCGCUGACCUUGGAAUUUUGAGUUGUCUGUUGAUUCAAUUUAUAAGUAAGGAACAAUCAGCCGAAUAUAAAAUAUUGUAUAUCAUCUCAACAGUGAAAUUCAGUCUUCAUUUUAUAAGACUGCAUAUAAUAAGAGAGUAAAACGUGGAGACUUGAGUCGA